UCCGUGCUGCGACAUCUGCAGAUCUGUUUGAGCAACCACACGUUGCCAGUGGGACAUGCAGACCUGCUAAAGGUAUUCAAGAUCUCCAGGUUUUCAUCUUAAGAACUUAACCACUUCCUUUGCUGUUUUAUUCAGAUGUGACAGUGGAUACAUUGUGUACAAUGUACUACAUGCUGGGCUCUUUAAACUGAUUGAAUGCUUUGUUUAAAGAAUACAUGCGUGAACGAGAAUAUUGCUGAUGGGAGUCCAUUCUGAUGCUCUCUCUUUGAACAAUGCCCUUGAAGUAUCUGCCCUUUUAAUUUCUUUUGAUAACUGUUCACAGUAAAUGACGGCAUUAGAGAAAUAAAGGCCUGGCCUUGUCUUUAGGCUUGCUUACUGUGAAACGAAAUGAAAACAUUUCACAUAGAUAUGGCCACUUGAUGGCAUUAAGUACGACAAGUUCUGAAUGAUUGGUCAUGACCUUGUAUUCUCUGAUUGGAAACAAUGUCAUUGCAGGUCACUGCAAACGUGAAGGCCAUUGCAGGACAGAGAGAAAAGAGGUGAAAGUGGUUCCUUGCGUUAAUCGUAAUAUUUGUCAAUAGACAUCUCGUGAAGUUAUGGCCUUGCUUAAAUAUUCUACAUGUGAACAGCAAACAUGUAUUUGCAUUAUGUGGUAAUUAAGGCUAGUGUAUAAGAUGAUGUGAAUUUUCAGCAGGUUCUGCAUUAUCCUACAUCUUUUUAUGGCGGCUGCCAUAUUUUUCAGAAUAAUUCGCCAAUUUCUGGCCAUGUCCAUGGCAGUAUAUGUAUAUGCUGGCAAUCAUGAUACAUGGAUGUUCGGUUGAAUGUUACAAACAGCUUUACUCUACUUAAAAAUGUAACACAUUAUUUAUUUAUUUAUUUCAAAUUCUUAAAUUUAUUUUUCAUGGUUUGCCUUAGCGUUACUCAUUCUGCAGCCUUUCUGUUUUGAAAUUGACCUUUGUGGUUUAGACAAAGAUAUGUGACACAGUUAUGGUACAAAACAAUUCUUGGUUAUCGCUGUUUGCUUUUCUGGUGCGCUGCUUAAAUAUGAUUAAAAAUCCAGACAACAGAGCAUUGAAUUAUCAACUGUUUGCUUUAGGAAAUCUUGUCUUACACACUCUCUGGCAUAUUUGCACAAAAUGCGAUACGAGGAAUUAGAAAACAAUACGUUAGUGCACUGGUUAACCCCAUCGCCUGUAUUGCCUAUAUUUAAAUAAUAAUGAUUAUAUGUUCUAAAAGAUAUAUGAAAAGAGACCACGCCUACUUUUGAUGAAGCCGCUAGUAUACAGACCACUACGGCAAGCAAGGAAGACUGCUAUUACGUUUCCAUUGCGAACCUUGGCCAAUCCCCCCUCGAUCGUGGGUAAGUUCCAUAUGUUAAAGGCAACAACGAGCCAUGUUUUCAGGUAACAUCAAGAACAACUCCAUAGGUGAUAUGUGCUGUAGUUUUUAAAAACGCCGAGGGGCUUUGUCUGGGUCGCAUUGUUCGAUCGUAUAGCUGUGUUCAUGGUUUGCGUUGUUUUGUUAUAGGGAAUUAGCUUCUGGCAAAACCUGAAAGAAACACUGCUGGUUCUCCUCUUCGUAGCAGGUACGUACGUGACACAAAAACACAAGUGCUGCAGCAGGCUUAUUUUUCCGGUCGCAGUACAAAUCAAAUUAGGCCACGCACGUGCGCGCGGCUUCCGCGGCGCAGCCAGCCGUUCCGAAACUGAAAGUGGGCCUCCAUGUUGCAUGCUUGACGUCACAGAUCUCGCUUCCUCCCGCGUUCUCGUGUUGCGCCGGUCGCGCUGUUCUUUGGCUGUGCGCACAUUCACUCACUAGCUUUCCUCCUUUCCCGCUUGCUUCUGCCGCUCGGCUGGCUCGGCGAGCGCCGAUCCGCUGUCCGUGCGCCUCUGCGGAUGCUGGAAUUGCUGAAUGGUGGAGCGGCCGUAGGUUUAGGAGACAAGCGACGGCACUGGGCCACUUUCACCGACCGCGACCACUUCGCCGAGCCAGUGACAUGGCACACGACCCGGAGAAACGGGAGAGAAUCGUCUACAAGCUGGUCUUGACCGGCGGGCCUUGUAGUGGGAAGACAACAGGCCAAGCAAGACUGUCAACAUUUUUCGAGAAUUAUGGCUGGAAGGUAUAUCGUGUACCUGAGGCCGCCACCGUCUUGCUCAGUGGCGGUGUGCGAUUUCCUGAUCUGACACCCGCUGAAGUUGAAAGGUUCCAAGAGAAUCUCCUAAAAACCAUGAUGUCAAUGGAGGACACAUACUUUGACUUGGCCAGGACCAGCGACAAGAACUGCCUCAUUAUCUGCGACCGUGGUACCAUGGAUGCCUCUGCAUUUGUCAGCAAAGAGAUCUGGGAGAAAAUUGUCAAAGCUCACAGCUGGCACACGGUAGACCUUAGGGACAACCGCUACAACCAGAUUGUUCACCUGGUUUCAGCCGCCAAUGGAGCAGAGGAAUUCUACAACACUGAAGACAACAGCUGCCGUACAGAGGGCAUCGAGCUGGCACGGGAGCGAGACAAGCUGGCAGCUCAAGCAUGGAUUGGUCACCCCUAUAUGGAUGUCAUCGACAAUUCCACAGACUUUAAUACCAAAGUGCGUCGGCUGAUAGAGUCCGUCUGUCGGCGAAUUGGUAUUGAAAUUGGCGAUCGGCUAGCCACCAACAGCCACAAAGCCAAGUUCCUUGUUGGGUCCAUGCCACCAGACAGUGCAUUUCCCUCCUAUCAAGAUUUUGAUGUUGUCCACGAUUAUCUCAUCACUUCGAAUCCUAAAGCGCAGUCCCGGCUUCGCAAGAGGGGCCAACAUAAUUGCUGGAGCUACAUGCACACGAUACGGAAGUCUGAUAUCAACAGCCAGACCAUCGAGCUGAAGCGUCAGAUCACACACAGGGACUACAUUAACAUGCUGGCCCAGCGAAAUGACUCGCACUACACGGUAUACAAGGUGCGCCGCUGUUUCCUUUGGAACCACAUGUACUUCCAGCUGGACAUCUACAAGAAGCCUUGCCACUCCAGGUGCGAAGGCCUCAUACUGCUUGAGACGUACACGACACACAGUCCCGAAGAGCUCCCUGAGCUGCUGCCUCCCUUCCUUGACAUCCGUAAGGACGUGACCAGCGACCCCAACUACUCGAUGUUCUGCCUCUCGUACAAGGGUGACAAGCCGCCGACGCCCAUCUUCAACUGCAUCACCAACGGCCACCGGGCACCUGUCAGCAACGCGCUCGUCUCUGAUGACACAAACUCCCCUGCCUAUGUCACCACGAGCAACCUGAGCAUAGGCAGCACCAAAUCCGCAUAGAGGCGUUGCCAUUUUGUUGUUGCACCCCAUGCCCCUACACGACAGACUACCGAUAAGUUGGCAGGAAACCGAGGUGUGUAGCCUGCCCAACAGUCUAACCCGCAAGAGAAACACGAGGCUUUGCUUCGUGCUGCAAUUGCUGUACAAAAGCACGCAAGGGCUGCUGCACCUUUUGUAAGAUUUUGAUUGCGAUUAUGUUAAAUGCAACCCGUAACAGAAAUAUUAGAGCAUUGUGAUGUGGCUGUAUGACUGUUCGAAUAAUAGCCAAUUCUGUAACUCGACAGAUGGUAAAAGCAGCGCCGUUUGUUGCACUGCCCGAAUUCAUGGUUUUAGUGCAGCAAUGCGCUGUGAGCCACAUGACUUGUGGGCUGCACUUUGCGCAUUAGGGUCAGAGUUGGCGGGAAUUCAUGGCAUGGCGCAGGAUAAUCUCUAUGUGCCUCAGCAAAUUUCAUAUUCGAGUAGUUCAACACAGGUGAUUCUCAUUUUUUAUUCGUAGCAUGGGUGUGGCCAUUGCACAGGAUUUUAUAGUGGGUGUUGUUUUUGCCAACAGUGCAGGUUCCAUGUUGCCUGCUGUCUGGGCACGUUAAACUCGAGUAGAAUGUAAUUCCGUGCAGUGUCUGGACUGCUGGUCUCCAUGCCAUUUAGUUUUGCUGUUGCCAAUUGCUGGUGUUGCCCGCAGUUGUGCACAAUCUUUCGUCCCUUGACAAUUUCAAGUGCCGUUGGCUCCCGACCUUUUGGCAGAGGGCAUACCACUUUAAACCUUUGCACGCUACUCUUCAAGCUGAUUUUUUUGCAUCUUUUAGUUCACGUUGACUUUGGCUUUACCACAACUGGUUGUGUUCCUUCCUGGUAUACAUAUUAAUUUCAUUUUUGAUUCAUGCACACUAACAAUUAUGUGUAAGUGGCUUGAGUUCUUGGCAGAUUUUGCAAAGCUCUUCAAGGAGAGCAAGUGAGCUUAUAUUGUUUGCUGGUAAUUAUAAUGUAUCUUUACAACUUUCAUUACUGCCAUUGUGAUCUUCACUAUUUAGGUUGGGACAGGAGGUAGCACCUUCACCACUUACAGAGCCCUAGCCAAGCUUGAGUUGGUCAAUGAGUCAAUUAUUUUUCCAUCUGCAUUUACAGCAAAAUUGAUGCGUUUAAUGUGAGCUUAAUGCACACGCUUAUGCUUUGUUAGCCUGUAAACCUUCAGUGACAGCAGGCACAGUUGUUUGCAUUUUUUUUUUUUUGUCUCCCUAACCACUAUGUAGAUCAGCAUCACUAGGCUGACGUUGUUGUUUUGCCUACAGUGCAUAGCUUUCGUUGUGCAUUACUAGGCACAUUACUGGCUGUUUCAUAAUAUUGCCAGUAUGCCAUGUGCGACCCCAUUUAGUGGCCAGCAGUUUCGCAGUAGGUAAUUCUGCAUAGAAAGCACACUUUGGUGUUGAUGCCGUUCUAUGUGGCCAGAGUGGUCGCCCUUGCAAUGCUCAUGUACGGGCUCCAUAGCUGAACCGACAACACAUUAUAUGUUGUGAUGCCUUGUUCAUCUCACCCGAUCUGCAUAAGGUGCGACAUUGCUGCACAUUAAGGGCAACUGGGCAAGCCAUGCUGACUUUUAUGCGUCUCCUGUUUUUGACAUCCUUUCCCAGAAUGCAAGCCUUUGUUGUUGUUGUUUUUUUAAUGCGAGAGCAUUACUUGGCCCGUUGUGCGACCCCGUUGUCAUCAGAAAGCCGUGGCAGAAAAAUGGCACACAAAUUAUGUCGUCUUCGUCUAAGUAAAAAAAAAGUUGCCACGGUGAGGAUUCGAUCCUCUGCCCCACCGCCACUGCUACCGCUCCAUAGCCGGGCGCGCUAACUACUGCACCACCAUUGAAUUGUGUCACCAUUGCAACAGGCGACACGGAUGAAUAUGAUAGGCUCUGUCUGGCGGGCGAUUAACUAGAUGGCAGAGUUAGAUUAACUAGGUUGCGGAGUGAGCAUGGCGAGUUGCAGCCACUUGCUGUGCCUUUUGUGUUGAAGGGGGCUUGCGUACAUUGUCGCCAGAGCCCAUGGACGAUGAAGAUGAAUAAAAUGCAAUGCGCUUCAGAUACCCGUUGAACAACUCCGACAUUGCCCCAUAGUAUGAGGUGGAGGUAGCUUAAGAGCUCAAUGAAGAAAUGCAGUGUGAACACCAUGGUGCGACUUGGAAAAGUACCGUCGUCGCUUGGCAAAGUGGUGUCAUAAUGCUGAAAAGCAGUGUCAUCGAGAAAUAACAUUCAACGCAAUGUGCCUGGAACACUACUUUAAUCAGAACUUUGCAAGUAAAACUCGGAUGACAGAUCGCAGUAUGGCCAGUUGUCUUGCAUUGUUGCGACCUCGUAAGCAGCAACAUUGCACUCGGAAACACAGCAUAGCAGCACUAAGCAACAUUUUGCUGCAACACUAAACUCAGCGACACAUUCAGCGACAAGUUAUGCUCUCGCAUUUACUCAUCACAAGAAUCGCUUAGGUGCCCCCGAGUUUUUUUUUCUUUUCUUUCGCUGUUCUUGACAUGUGAAGUCUAACUUUAACUGUGUACUUUUGUUAUCAUGUUCCUUGUUAGGACCAUUGUGAAACAGCUGUGAUGAUACAGUUAAAGUACUAGCGUUCUACCCUGUGGUUGUUUCUUGAGCAUGAGCUCAUGGAGAGUGAAGAAAGCAUUGUUUGGUGCGAGGCAAUGCAUUUCCACUGGUGUGGUAUUAUUGUACUUACGUUUACACUCUGUUGAAUGUUAUCGACCUUGAAUAGGGCAUUGGUGAUUUGAAAGACUGGAGCAGAGUUAGCCUCAGACUCUAUGUAACUGAGCUGUCCUGAUCUAGGGGAAGGUUCAGGUUGUUCUCAGAAUAAAAAAAGAAAAAAAAAUUUUUUGGGGGGUUACAUGUGCCAUAACCACAAUCUAAUUAUGAGGCUAACUGUAGUGGGGGACUCCAGAAUAAUUUGGACCACCCGUGGUUCUUUAAUGCGCACGUAAAUCUAAGUGUUUUGGCCCCCUCGAAAUGUGGCUGCGGUGGCCGGGAUUCGAUCCUGCGACCUUGUGCUUAGCAGCCCAUUUUUAGAAUAGAAAAGGUGCAUGUUGUGUACAGGUUGUUAAGCCAAGUAAGCUGGUGCCAGAUUUCUUGCUGCUGCAGAGGGAAAGUUUAAAAGUGGUCAGCACCCUCCCCCACCCUUGGAAUCUAUCGCCGGUCCUAAUAUUUCUAAUCUUAAACGUAAACAGUCGCAGCUUCAAGACUGGGCGGAGCUUUCAUAUCCUCUUCAGGUGCUUUAUCUGCAAUUGUAUGCACCAAUAUGCGCCAAUAUAAUGCCUCAGCAUCAGAUAUAGAAAAUAUUGAUGUUGAAAGAACGAUGCUACUGCUGCAAUGCAUAACAUUUCUGGGUGGGCCUGUUCUGCAAUAUUGUCCCUGUGCUUGUUGGCAGCACCAGUACAUGGUCAUGUGUCGGGUUCUUUUCUUUUUUCUAGUGACAAGUUUUAUCGGGCAAGUUUUCAAAAGGGCUGGAUAUUUUUAAGUUCACUGCAUGUGAAAUGAUUUCGUUUUUACCUGAAAAAUUUUUUACUGUUCAGCCUUCAGAAGCUAACAUUUCUGGCUUUAUAAUCAUGGGAUAAUUCAAAAUUUUUCAUUGCUGUCGCCUUAGACAGCACAGAAUGAGCAACAAAUGCAUUAAAGGUGAUGAUUUAACAUAUAGAAAUAACCGACGUCUGAAGGAGGAUAUAGUCGAGUAAGAAUGUGUUGCAAAUUAACCGUUAAGUUUCAAUUUCAUCCCUGGGUUGCACAGUUUUCGGUCACCUCACCUGAUGGUUUCUGAGAUGUGCAACUGAUGCCGUGCCUUACCUAUCAUUGCUAACUUUUUGUUACAUCGCUCUGGGGCAAGACUGUUAAGCAGGAACACGUGCACAAACAAAUAUUUAGAUUUAUGUGCCACAACAAGUGAGAACACAAAUUUUUGACGGCACGUGCACUUAGGACGUUGAAGUGUUAUUAUUAUAGCUGUAUCGGUUUUUUCUGUCCCCACACUUCUCCAGCAUUACAUAUUUCGCUGCAAUCUUGUCUAGUCCACCUUUCUCCCCACCAAAUAUAAUUGCAAUGCUUUAGCUUGUUGUAAUCCAGAUCUGUAAUUUUCUUGACAUUCUGAGUACUUAGAUCUGAUGUUUUUCUUUCUGAAAAGGUACUUGUUAUUAACAGCAUAAAAUGUCUGAAGCUGCAGUCAGUUUUGAUGUAGACUGGCUUGAUCUGAACGUUGAUCUAGUUUGUCUGGCGAUAAACUUGCAGUUAGUGCAAGUAUACAGGCACUGCAUGGCAACAUUGUCGAACUUGUUAUCCUGUUUUCGUUAAUAGCACAGCUCUUUUGUUGUGCAGGAGUUGUGUGCAGUAGUAUUUACACGAUGAUAGACAUCGACCUACUAGCUUUGUUGCUUUGCAAAUGCAUUUAUCAUUAAUUUUUCUGGUUGUACUGACACAUAGUUUUGUGUAGUACAGAUCUGAGUUAGCCUAUUGUGGACUUACAGGCCUUCUUGCAAGUUGUUCCAGUCCAGUAUUAAAAUUGUGUGCCGAUCUCUAUUUUUCGCCAGGAUGCGCACGCCUGUUCUGUGUUGCAAUAGUGGAGAAGUCAUCCUCGCACUUACUGCUGCAGAAACGUGUUGCCGGACUUGGAGCUAUUUUUCUUUUGUUUUUGUUGUUCUGGUGUCUACAGUUGAUGUUCUUUAAAUGUCUCCACCUUUGUACAAUAUAUUUAAUGGAAUUGACGAUUAAAUGGAGUGCACCAA